AAUUCAUUUAAUAAUUUAUUGAUUUUAUAAAUUAUUUGCAAAAUGUACUAAAAGCCAGCUUGGAUAGCCACAAACUCCUCACAGGCCUCAUUGCCAAAUCUCACAGUUCCCAACGUUAUCUCACAAACCUCACCGGAGAGAUCGUCGGAACUCCCACACCUUGGAGGUUACUCCGGCGAUAUUAUCCAGCAAUGUCCAAGCUCCGGCAGGUCAUUCUCCUGUUUCUUCUCCACUCAGUUGCUUUGGUCUCUGCUCAGGGAUCUACAAACGGAACCAGCUCUUGGCAGACACUCAACGGAAAUGCACCUUUGGUCAUAGCACGUGGUGGGUUUUCAGGGCUAUUUCCUGAUUCUAGUUCAGCUGCAUAUAGUUUGGCAUUAAUGACCAGUUUGUCCAAUGUGGUCCUCUGGUGUGAUGUGCAAUUAACAAAAGAUGGAGCUGGAAUUUGCUUUCCUGAUAUGAAGCUAGAGAAUGCUUCCGAUAUUUCAAUUGUUUUCAAAAACAGGAAUAAUGUCUACCUUGUCAAUGGAGUCUCUACGCCAGGAUGGUUUUCUGUUGAUUUUACACUUACUGACCUCGAAACUGUUGCUUUAAAUCAAGGAGUUUAUUCUCGAAGUGGUAGGUUUGAUGGUAAUCUUUUCCCAAUUCUUACCGUUCAAGAGAUGGUUAAGCUAAUAAGGCCACCAGGUUUAUGGUUGAAUCUUCAGCAUGAUGUAUUCUAUACAAAACACAAUCUGAGUAUGAGAAACUUUGUACUUUCUGUAUCUAAAAGUGUUAUAGUUGAUUAUAUCUCAUCACCAGAGGUGGCUUUUCUGAGAGGUGUCUCGCAACGAUUUAAAGCAACGAAGACGAAAUUGAUCUUCCGAUUUCUAGAAAAAGAGGAAACAGAUCCCUCAACCAACCAAACUUAUGGUUCUCUCCUAAAUAAUCUUACAUUCAUAAAGACAUUUGCCUCUGGAAUUCUUGUUCCCAAAGGUUACAUAUGGCCUGUGAAUAAGAAUUCAUAUUUGGAAUCUUCUACCUUAGUUGUACAAAAUGCUCAUAAAGAAGGAUUGGAAGUUUUUGGAUCAGAUUUUAUCAACGAUAUUCCUUUUAGCUACAAUUACAGUUAUGAUCCAAUAGCUGAGGUCUUGAAUUUCAUUGACAAUGAUGCCUUCUCGGUCGAUGGUGUACUAUCUGACUUCCCAAUAACUCCAUCGGCAGCCAUAGAUUGCUUUGCUCACAUUGGCAAAAAUGCUUCAGGACAAGAAAAGCCUUUAAUUAUCUCAUACAAUGGAGCAAGUGGAGACUACCCUUCUUGUACUGAUUUGGCAUAUACCAAAGCCAUUUCAGAUGGUGUAGAUGUUCUUGAUUGUAAUGUUCAAAUGACAAAGGAUGGCACACCAAUUUGCUUAAGCUCUAUUAAUCUUAUGGAUAGCACAAAAGUUGCCCAAACACCUUUCAGCACUUUUACAACAACUAUUACAGAGCUUCAAAAAGGCAGUGGAAUAUUUACCUUCAACCUCACUUGGGAGGAUAUUCGUAGCUUGACCCCGGCAAUAUCAAACCCAUAUUCAACUUUCAGAUUGUCCCGAAAUCCAGCAGCCAAAACUGCUGGGAAAUUGGUGUCAUUGUCAGACUUUUUGAGCAUUGCAAAAGAAGCAAAUUCUCUUUCUGGUGGUGUCUUGAUCGGCAUUGAGCAUGCAGCCUUCCUUGUGAAGGUGGGAUUAAGCGUCACAGAUGCAGUCCUUGACGCCUUGAGCAAAGCUGGUUAUGAUAAUGUAACCACACCCAGAGUAAUGAUUCAGUCCACCAACAGUUCUGUGCUGAAGGAGUUCAAGGAAAAGAAGAAGAAUUAUGAGCUUGUGUACAGAGUUGAUGAAAAUAUCCGUGAUGCCUCUGAUGCAACCAUUGAGGACAUCAAGAAAUUUGCCACUUCUGUGGUUAUCAGCAAAGAUUCCAUCUAUCCUGAGAACAAGGCAUUCAUCACUGGUGCUACGGAUAUUGUAUCAAGGCUCAAGAAGAAUAAUCUCCCCGUUUAUGUACAACGCUUUGAUAAUGAGUUUAUAUCUCAGGCAUGGGACUUCUUCUCAGAUGCAACCGUAGAAAUCAACUCAUUUGUCACGGGAGCUGGAAUUGAUGGUGUAAUCACAAGCUUCCCUCAAACAGCUGCUUCAUAUAGAAAGAACCGAUGCUUAAAGUACAAGAAUGCACCGUCAUACAUGAGUCCUGUUCAGCCUGGCAGUCUCAUGCAAGUCAUCACUAGCGACGACAUGCCACCUGCUCUGGCUCCAUACCCGGUGCUGACAGAGUCUGAUGUGGCUGAACCUCCACUACAAGAAGUCGCACCAGCUACCCCGACUUCCAGCACAAACGCUGGAACUACAGCACCUGCUCCCACCUCACCAAACGGGCAACCUAGAAUUGCCACAUGCAUUGUCCUGUCCAAUCUUGCUGUGCUCCUUGUGGCCGUUCUGCUGCUAUGAAAAGGUUACAAGAUCACAUGCAGUCAUUUUAGAUCACCAGUAUGUCCAUCCUCCACUGCCUGGAUCUUUUGCUGCCUCGUCACAGAGCUAAUUCAGAUUUUUCCCCUAAACCGCAAUGAUCAUCUUCUGGUCAUCAAUAUAUAUUGUAGGUAUGUUCAUUCUUCCUCAUGUAUUCUGAGUACUUAUUUUCUGAGAGACGUAUCCACGAAUGGAUUCUUUGUAGUCAGCAUUGUUUUCUGUUUCAUUAUUGUAAGAUUUGUCCAUGAUUGUUCUUUGGGUAUGUAUGAUGCAUGUAUGAUUUUAAAGUUAAAACCUCGACAGGAUCUCCCUACUGACUGAACAUGUGCAGUUGUUUAACCUCGUUGGAGAAUCUGCACGGAAAAAGCCAUUGGUUUUGAUUAA